AUGAACUUCAUUAAGGAAGAAGAAAAGGACAAGUUCGUGGAGGGACACGGAUUGAAGCUACUGUACCUCAAGUCGAGCAAGGAAAAGGAAUACGAAUUACACAUGGAGGUUUGCCAAGCCAUUGUAGAAGAUUGUCCUAUGUUAGAAGUGUACGUGGUUAGUCCAAAGGAAGAAAACAACGAAAACGGAGUAUUUGAAUUUUAUCAGAAUGGCCAGAUCAUAAAAAAAUUUGCCAACUGCAAUGUCUCAACGGUUACAUCCUUCAUUAGGAAGUAUAUUCAAAGAGGAGGCUCCUCCAUGGAGGCUACUCAAAGUGGGGAAUGCAACUCCACAGAAAAAUCAGAUACGGUGAAAAAAAUAGAGCAAUUAAUAACGAACAACAAAAUCAUCCUCUUCAUGAAGGGAAGUAAAACAUUUCCUCAAUGCAAAUUCAGUAAUGCAGUUGUGUUUAUGCUAAAUAGUUGUAAGAUAAAGUACACUACCUUCGAUAUUCUACAAGACCAAGACGUACGUAAUGAAUUGAAGGUUUAUUCUAAUUGGCCCACAUACCCGCAGUUGUACAUCAACAAGGAAUUGAUUGGCGGCCACGACAUUAUUAAGAGCAUGUACGACAGUGGCGAUCUGCGGGAAGUGAUUCCGGAAGACUGCUUCGAGGAAUGA